AUGAGCGCAGUACCAGACGGAUUGGAUCGAAAUGUGAUCCGUAUUCGACUCAGACAGCUGAAUUCCUCGCAAAAUUCCAUCCAAACCAUGUCAAUGUGGAUUGCACACCAUCAUAAUGAAGCUGGAUCAAUUGCAGAUGCUUGGCUUGAGGUAUGUUGAUUUUGAGAUUUUUGUCUUUGAUUUUAGAUGCUUUUACGUUAAGGAAGCGGUCCGAAUGUUGGUUUGUUUGCGAUCUUAAGCACUAUUAUGUGAUCCAUAAGGCUUUUAACCGAAAAAGGUCAAAUAAGACCCAAAAUUUGCCGAAUUGGAAGAAAUUUUGUUUGGUUAGCUAGAAUACUCUCUACUCUUCCAAUUUCAGGAGCUCUGCACGAACAAGGCCAACAGCGACUGGUGCAAAGCCAUGUUUUACUUGGCCAACGACGUAGUUCAGAACUGCCGAAAGGAAAAGAAGCAUGUUUGCGAGGAAUUCUAUCCGUUCUUCCUUGCAGCGGUGGAGAAGCUUGGCCGAAGGCAAAUUGACAGAUGGGAGAAGGUGAUUGGAUCAGUUUAUCGGGUUAUUGACAUCUUAAAAGAGCGAAAUGUGUAUACACCUGAACAGAUAAAAGAACUCAAAUCUGUUAUCAAUUGGAGGCCGGCAGACGGUGCGCAAACUCCUUCGAGUACGAAUUCGGGCGUCAGCCCUGUAAAACCUGCUAGGAAGGAGGAAAAGGUAAGAGCUUGUUUGAUUUUUUGAUUUUAAGCAUGAUUUUAUAUUGCACUUGACAUCUGAAGUGAAGUUUUCAUAGAAAGAUGUGUCAAGAGCUGCAAUAGAUGAAUCCAAUAGCUUACAACCUAACUUACCUUUUUACAGCCUGAAUUGAGCAUUGAACAGAAACGAGUGAUCAGAAAGAAGAUUUUUGAAGAUGUCGAGACAUCACUGAAAUCUCUGAUUUCUCCAGCCAGCACAGAUUCAGCAGUAAGGUGAGGAGAAUAUUUUUUUAUUUUCUUUGCUUUUAGGUAUUGAUAACAGUUAUUUAACUUGUCUUCCUUCAAUUUUCAUCAAAUUUUAUAUUACUCUACCUAUUUCAGACAGAAAAUUGCUGGAUAUUCCGAAACAAUCGCUGAUACUCGAAAAACAGCCGAGCCAAAAACUCUUCAAGAAGCUAGGGAGAUCUACGAUAAAGCGAAUGAAGCUCUUCCAUUAGUUCGAAAUUAUGCUCAAAGGUAAGUGCCUUUAAUAAUUUAAUCUGCUGUUUAGAGUGAAAGCAGAACUGACCGGGACUCGAGAAGCCCAGAAGAGAAUGGAUGCGCUAGCAGAGUUCAUGAAAAGCGAAGUUGAACGAGAUAAGGACAUUCUGGAGCUGGCUAGAUCUUGUUUGGAUGGACUUCACAAAAAGAAGGCUAAAGUAAGAUAAAUUUGAUAUUUUUGGAUUGAAGGUACUAUGUUUGACGGGUGUGUCGGGUCCCAAAAUGAAGAUUAGAGCGUGUUCAACAAUUUUAUUUUUGAAUUAUUUAGAUUGAAGCCGCCCGCAGCCUCCUAUCCGACUCCAAAAACACCUCGAGCAGUGUUGCUCUGCCCGAAAUCGAAAACGACUUAUGA